AUGAAGAAAGAAUUUGAGAUAGCUGGAUACGCCGUGCUGCCCCUGCAGCUCCCUAAGACUUCGUCUGUAAAGGCUGCCACGCACUACAUGUAUCUCCGGGCUCAUGAACCUCGCAACCCGGAUAAAGACACUCCCCGCUCGAUGUUUAUCGCAAACGUCCCCGUCGACACCACCGAGGCUCACCUGCGCCACCUCUUCGGCCCCCAGCUCUCAGCUGGUCGAGUCGAGCGCGUCCACUUCGAGUCCGUCUCCACAAAGAAGAAUCAGGCCGCCAUUCCGCAAGCGCUACUUGGCGGCGGUGUCAGCAAGAACAAAAAGCGGAAGCGCGUCACCACCGAUGAGCUGGAGUCUCAGUUGGAGGAUAUUACGCUUCCCGCAGUCUGGGACCGGCCGCUUCAAAAGAGCGGGGCGCACGCCGUGGUGGUUUUUGUGGAUCAGCCGAGCAUGGAGGCCAGUCUGAAGGCUGCUCGAAAAGCCGCGCGAAAAGUGCUUGCCGGUAGUGGCGCUAAGAAGAUUGUUUGGGGGGAAGGGCUUGACGAGGAUCGCGUGCCGGCCCUCGGGCUGGAGCGGUACCUCAAUCAUUCGCAGGCUCAGUAUCCUAGCCGCGGGGAGCUUCUACGCACGGUUAAUGAUUUCAUGACGGUGUUUGAGCAGGUGGCCGAGGCGCGCAAGCGGGAGGCGGCGCGCAAGGCCCAGGAGCCGGACGAGGAUGGCUUCGUAACGGUGACAAGUGGACCCAAGUUGGCGGAUGUGGCGCACGAGGAUGAGGCUCGAGAAUUGAUUGAGAAGCAGAAGAAGAAGCAGGAGGGUCUGGAGGACUUCUAUCGCUUCCAAUCCCGGGAGAAGAGAAAGGAAAGGCAGAAUGAGCUGCUGAGGAAAUUUGAUGAGGAUAAAAGGAAGCUGGCGGACUUGAAGAAGAGAAAGGGGAGUUUUGCGGUGAGUCUUCUUGCGUCAUUAUGCUUUUCGGUGAUUCAUUGA